AUGGCUGCUUGUCUCAAUAAAUUGUCAGGAAGAAACGGAUUCGUGUCGUUCGCGAUGGCGUUGUUUCUGGUGCUGCUUCUACUGGCGGCACUCUCACUGAAUCCCUCGGGAGUUACGACCGUUGCUGCGGUGCCGCUGCGGGACUUUCGCGGCAGCAGGCGAAUUGGGGUUACCACCCGUGCGAGUGAGGUUGAGAUUCUCGCACCAGAUGCUGGCGGCAGCAGCAGCAACAACCCGCCUCUUCCCGUGGCGGGGAUUUUUGGCGACCUUCAGAGCCCAGCGGCCUCGGACUACUCCAUGUUCGUGCAAGCCAUGGCACCCCUUCAGCCCCCCAUGGACUAUGCUGCUUUCCUCAACGCACCUCAACACGGCAUUCGAUAUUCCAUCCUGCUUCUCCCAGCCGCCUCAGACUAUUCCAUGUUCGUGCAAGCCAUGGCGUCCCUCCAGCCCCCCAUGGACUAUGUUGCUUUCCUCAACGGGGCGGUGGGCAUGGCCAAUGGCAUCACCAUCCUCGCACCCUCCAAUGCCGCCUUCCAGGUCCUCGGCCCGUACACUUCAUGCCUCGCCAACUACACCCGAUCCGGCCCCAUGCUAGCCACUCUUCUCAACCACCACAUUCUCUACGGAAACUUCCCGGUGUCUGCGCUCUUUGACGGGCGGCGAUAUUUCACCCUUGCCAACACCAAUGUGCUUGUUACCCGGGCGGCAACGGGGGUGACUGUGGAGGGCGCCAGGGUGGUUGAGCGGAAUAAAUUUGCAGGGUAUAACGGCGUCGUGCAUGGAAUAGACCGGGUUUUGUUUCCACCAGGGAUAACCCCCUCGGUGAGUGUGGUGUGGUUGUGGUGCGUUCAUGGGGUGGUGGGUGCUGCUUGUGUGGGUGCAAGCAUGUGGGGUGCGUGUGUGGGUGCAAGCAGAGCGGCGAUACUUCACCCUUGCCAACACCAAUCCGCUUGUGACCCGGGCGGCAACGGGGGUGACUGUGGAGGGCGCGAGGGUGGUUGA